UAUUAAUUGCUCCGGUGCUUGGCCGUGGAUCUCUACGAAGCGUUCUGUGGCAAAAACAGCUAUGGACGACCUUCCCUUAUCGGAGCUGAAGCCCUCGGACAUAAAAGCAGACAAAUACUGUUAGCAAAACAAUCAAUCGCUGACUACAGACCCCGAGACAUGGGCACCAGAAGACUAGUAAUCCAGCUGCUGCUGUUGUGCUCCCUGGCACUCGGCAGCGUCAGCGCCAUUACCAGUGCCUGCUUUAGUGUCAGCCUUGAGCAUCAACCAAUACCCAUGGCCCCCGUGAACUAUGUUGCCGCAUCGAGACUGCGUCGCUUAGCGAUAGAGUUCUUUGACUGCUAUAAGAACAUUACGCUGGCGGACUUAUCAAUGGAAAUGAAUCAGGAUAACCGUGCGCUUCCUUCCGCGCAGGAUCUAGAGUGCCUGGCAGACCUGACACUACUCACACAGAACUUGGGCUCAGCAAAGAUCUGGGCACUCAGAAUGAUCGAUUCGUGGGGCUCACUGCCUUCAGGAGUCCUCUACGGAAACUUGAGAGACCUUGGAAACUACGACGAGUGUCUCAACGUUGAUCACGUUGUCUCCACAAGUCACAGCGUCCGGGGAAAGUACUGCUUUGCCAAGGUCUCGCUCGCCUCGAGCACUUUGUCGCUACUCAGCAUAAAGACAGCGGUCUGCUUUCCUGCAUCCUGCUCAGCUGCUCACAUGGACACAAUGCUGCGACGGCUGUUCGAGAAGUUGCUCAACGUGGAGAUUAGUACGGACCAUCAGUUGGUGGAUGAGAACACGUGCAGGAGUGCCGAGAAGAAGCCCUAUGCUGGCCUCACCAUAUUCACCAUAGUUGUGCUAUCGGUGUUGUGUGCUUUGAUGGUCCUAUCCACGUUCUAUGACUAUUUAUUCAUUGAGGAUCAGAAACAAUUUUCACCGCUCGUCAAGGCCUUCUCGGCGCGUGCGAACUCGCGUGUACUCUUCCGGAUUGUAGACACCAAGUCAAACCCCAAUAUUAUUGACUGUGGGUGGUAUACGGAUUUCUUUUUUUUCAGUUUUUCCCAUACCAGCGAUGCAAUGCCAAGGAUAUACUUCUCCACGCACACUCGGGCCUCGCCAUAUCUUGUAGGUAUCCUCUUCGGUUACUUCUUGCACGCGAACCGGGGCGUUGCGGUAAAACUUAACCGCACUGUGGUUUUCCUGGGCUGGCUGAUAAGCCUUGCCCUGCUCUUCACCUGCAUUUUUUCGUUAUAUGGAUACCACAACAACAACAAAGCACUGCCUAUUGUGAAUGAUGCCUUCAAUCUGACACUGACACGCAUUGCGUGGCCCCUGGGGCUGUGCUGGGUAGUGUUUGCCUGUAUGCACGGCUAUGGCGGCCUGGCCAACAGCUUCCUAGCGUCGCCACUGUGGCAGCCUCUGUCGAAACUUUCCUACUCCGCCUACAUCUUUCACAUGUUCAUCGAGAGUCUCAACGGUGGCAUUACGCGCACCAACACCUUCUUCAGUGACUAUCAAGUGAUGCUUCGUUUCUGGGGCGACUUUGGUUUCACACUGCUGCUCGCCUUCUUCGUGUACAUUCUAAUCGAGGCACCCUUCGGUAAUCUGGAAAGCCUCUUGCUGUCCACUCACAGGACCAAGAAAAAUCUUGACCUCGACGCGCAGCAAAAGACCGUCGAGGCCAUCGAAGACCAGCGACUGAUUCCCCACCUGCUCCUGCUCUAG